GUCCGAACAUUCGGGCACAAAGAUCACGAAUCGGCAAAGAGCCCGCGUCACAAAAGAUCUGUUCCACGUUUUUUUAUUGGCAUAGUGGAUUCAUAAGUCCUCGCUUUGAAUAAACGGAUCUACCGCGCUCAACAGCCCGCACUACACAGUUCCUAUCGAAACAGUCCGAAUCCUUAAACUUUUUCUGGCUUCCCCGCAGAAAGCCUAUCAUCACGCACUGAAACUCCAAAGUGUGCUGUUUGUGAGUGCAAAUUGAUUCGAUAUGGUGUUUUCUUCUCGGACCCUGAUGGCAGUGGCUGCCGCCGCGACCGCAAUUGCUGCCGAUUCGGUGUGGCCCUCGUGCAUCGAACAAAAUACCGUGAUACGCAACGCCGGAAAGGCGUUCUUCACCAACGUAGCGGGGUACGGAGCGGCGGCCGGGUAAGUUUUACGUACUUUCAUUGUCGUAGGCUUUGGCACCGGGCCCGACUGCGACAUUCACGGAGACGAAUGUAUGUUUCUUCGGUGCAACUCGUACUGCCGGAGGAGCCUGCGAAGAUCAGUGCGCAUCAAAUUUUUGAUUCCCAAUAGAAAUGAUCACCACAGCUGCUUUCUCGACGACUGCAAGAACACGGACAAGUUUGCGGUGUCCUCCAUUGAGUCGUGCCUCAGCGUCUGCAAUUCCGAGCCCGAAUGCGCGUGGUGGGUGUUUGGGACCGAGGAAGGUUUUUUUCGAUUCGGUUUCUUAAAAAAAAAAUCUAUUUCAACAACACCCGCCACACUUUUUUUCUUGCAUGUCAAUGAUCAAAGUUCGCUAUUCUUUUUUUUUCCGCCGCACUCCGAAGGAAGAUGAAUAUCAGCUCGCGCCGCUACAGGUAUGACGAAGUGCUGGAUGCGUGUCGCGGAUGACGGUCGGGAGGCCGGCGACGGGUGGUCCAGUGGCGCCACAACCUGCGCGCCGCCGGAUGUGCAGAAGCUCACGAUGGGGAACACGGAGUGCUGGAUCGAUGGGUUCGACUACCACACGUGCUGCGACCCCAAGUUCGGGCCCAACGGCAACACGCAGUGCUGGGACGGCAUGUUCAACUACAACCGGUGCUGCUUUCCGAGGCACGAAUUGUAGGGCGACAGCAAUAUGAUUAUAGCAGGGGAGAUAUCAUGAGUGGACAAAAACCGUGAUUUAUUCAGUUGUACACUAAUUGAAUAAUUCGAAAGAUGCCCAGAGCACGCUC